GCGAUAUUGGCCAAAACGUUUAGUUGAGCAGUGUUUGUUAUUGUUUACAAAAUAAGUAAACUAAGUAAAAUGGCUACGCCUGUUAAACGUUAUAGGCGCGCCUCGAAGUCCUCUGAAGAUGAAGAACAAGAUGACAAUUAUGUGCCCUACGUGCCCGUGAAAGAACGGAAGAAACAACACAUGGUGAAACUUGGUCGAAUCGCUCAACUAGCUACAGAGACAACACAACCAAAGUCGUCGAGCGAAAAUGAAAAUGACGAUGACACACAAGGCGCCCAGGAUGCGGAGACAUGGGGCCGCAAAUAUAACAUUAGUUUACUUGACCAGCACACUGAACUUAAGAAGAUUGCCGAGGCGAAAAAACUGAGUGCAGUUGAGAAACAGCUACGUGAAGAGGAGAAAAUUAUGGAGAGCAUCGCCCAGCAAAAGGCUCUGAUGGGUGUUGCUGAAUUGGCCAAAGGCAUACAGUACGAGGACCCCAUCAAGACCUCAUGGCGACCUCCGCGCUACAUCGAAGCCAUGACCGAAGACGAGCGCCAAGCGGUCCGCAAGCAAUUGAGAAUUCUCGUCGAGGGCGAAAAUCCAAGUCCACCAAUCUGUAGUUUCCGCGAAAUGAAGUUUCACAAAGGCAUACUCAAUGGCCUCGCGGCCAAGGGCAUUAAAAAGCCAACACCUAUACAAGUCCAAGGACUGCCCACGGUAUUGGCUGGACGAGAUCUCAUUGGCAUUGCAUUUACAGGCUCCGGCAAAACGUUGGUUUUUGUGCUGCCCAUUGUGAUGUUUGCCCUUGAGCAGGAAUACAAAUUGCCCUUUGAGCGCAACGAGGGACCCUAUGGCCUUAUCAUUUGCCCAUCCCGCGAGUUGGCCAAGCAGACGCACGAGAUCAUCCAGCAUUAUAGCAAGCAUCUGCAGUUGUGUGGCAUGCCAGAAAUUCGCUCCUGUUUAGCCAUGGGCGGCCUACCGGUGAGCGAGGCACUGGAUGUAAUCUCGAAGGGCGUACACAUUGUGGUCGCGACACCGGGUCGCCUCAUGGAUAUGCUGGACAAGAAGAUAUUGACGCUGGACAUGUGUCGUUAUCUGUGCAUGGACGAGGCAGAUCGUAUGAUUGACAUGGGUUUCGAAGAGGAUGUGCGCACCAUUUUCUCCUUCUUCAAGGGUCAACGACAGACGCUGCUCUUCUCCGCUACUAUGCCCAAAAAGAUUCAGAACUUUGCGCGUUCAGCGCUCGUCAAGCCAGUAACCAUCAAUGUGGGACGUGCGGGCGCUGCUUCGAUGAAUGUGACACAGCAAGUAGAGUAUGUGAAGCAGGAGGCGAAGGUGGUGUAUCUGCUAGACUGUUUGCAGAAGACGGCACCGCCUGUGCUGAUAUUUGCAGAGAAGAAACAGGAUGUGGACUGCAUACAUGAGUAUUUGCUGCUCAAGGGCGUCGAGGCGGUAGCCAUACACGGUGGCAAGGAUCAGGAGGAGCGUUCGCGUGCCGUCGACGCUUAUCGCAUAGGCAAAAAGGAUGUGCUCGUUGCCACCGAUGUAGCGUCAAAGGGUCUCGAUUUUCCGAACGUGCAGCAUGUGAUCAACUACGAUAUGCCCGAUGACAUUGAGAACUAUGUGCAUCGCAUUGGUCGUACAGGUCGUUCGAAUACCAAAGGAUUGGCCACCACACUGAUUAACAAAAUCACCGAGCAAUCGGUGCUGCUGGAUCUGAAGCAUUUGCUGAUCGAGGCCAAGCAGGAGGUGCCCGACUUUCUGGACGAAUUGGCGCCGGAGGCGGAGCAUCAACACUUGGAUCUGGGUGAUUCACAUGGCUGCAGCUAUUGUGGUGGCUUGGGUCAUCGCAUCACCGAGUGUCCCAAGCUGGAGGCGGUGCAAAGCAAGCAAGCAUCGAAUAUUGGACGACGCGACUAUCUAUCAAACACGGCAGCCGAUUACUAAGAAACAUAAUUCCUGUUUACUCAAUUUGACGAAAUCACUUGAAAUAAACAUUUUGGAAAUGGGAUGCAUACUGCAAAUGUAUGUGUACCUUUUAACCUCGUCUUCUAAGA